CUUCCGGUAACAACAGCUGCUCACUGAUCCCCGCCCUGCAGGGAACUACCUGGUGCUGAUCCCGGUGCCUGCUCCCUCAUACACAGCACCAUGGCCGCCACCGAGUCCCUGUUCGAGGAGCCGUUCGAUGCAGAUGAAUACAUUGAGCGACUGGCGUGGAGAACUCUAGGAGGAGGAUCCAGAGGAGCAGAAACAUUUGAUCCAGAAAGGUUGUUGGAUCAAUUUGUCAAUCAUAUUGAUGAACUGAAGUUAAUGGAUGAAAGAAUCCAGAGAAAAGUGGAGAAAUUAGAAAAUCAAUGCCAGAAGGAAGCUAAAGACUUUGCCAAAAAAGUCCAAGAACUUCAGAAAAGCAACCAGAUUGCUUUCCAGCAUUUCCAAGAGCUUGAUGAGCAUAUCAGCUAUGUGGCUACGAAGGUGUGUCAUCUCGGUGACCAGUUGGAGGGGGUGAACACGCCGCGGCAGCGGGCUGUGGAGGCCCAAAAACUGAUGACCUAUUUUAAUGAGUUUCUGGAUGGAAAUCUGCAGUCUGAUGUGUUUAACAACCCUGAAAAGAUAAAGGAGGCGGCUGAUAUUAUUCAGAAGUUGCAUUUAAUUGCUCAAGAACUACCAUUUGAUAAAUUUGCUGAAGUGAAAUCUAAAAUUGCCAGUAAAUACCAUGAUCUUGAACAUCAGUUAAUUCAGGAGUUUACAAGUGCGCAGCGAAGAGGGGAGAUAUCUCGUAUGAGAGAAGUAGCGGCAGUGUUGCUAUACUUCAAGGGGUAUUCCCAUUGUGUGGACGUGUACAUAAAUCAGUGCCAGGAGGGGGCCUAUAUGAGGAAUGACAUAUUUGAGGACUCAGCUCUGUUGUGCCAACGUGUGAACAAGGAAGUUGGGGACAUUUUCAGUAAUCCAGAAAUAAUUUUGGCCAAACUUAUACAGAACAUUUUUGAAGUCAAAAUCCAGAAUUUUGUGAAAGAGCAUUUGGAAGAAUGCAGAAAAUCAGAUGCAGAACAAUAUCUGAAGAAUCUCUAUGAUCUGUACACAAGAACUACUAACCUUUCUAGUAGACUUAUGGAAUUCAAUCUAGGAACAGAUAAGCAGACUUUCUUGUCCAAGUUGAUCAAAUCAAUUUUUAUUACCUACUUGGAGAACUAUAUUGAUGUAGAAAUUGGUUAUUUAAGAAGUCGGAGUUCAGUGAUCUUACAGCGGUAUUAUGAUUCCAAGAACCAUCAGAAGAGACCCAUUGGAGGUGGCGGAAUUCAAGACCUUAAGGAAAGGAUUAGACAACGCACCAAUUUGCCUCUAGGCCCUAGCAUAGAAACUCAUGGUGAGACGUUUUUGGCACAAGAAGUGGUGGCUAACCUCUUACAAGAAACCAAACAUGCUUUUGAGAGAUGCCAUAAGCUCUCUGAUCCAUCUGACCUCCCAAAGAAUGCAUUUAGAAUAUUUUCAAUACUUGUCGAUUACUUAUGUGUUGAACACAUUGAUUAUGCCUUGGAAAUAGGAUUAGCAGCAAUCCCUUCUCCUGAUUCUCGAAAUGCCAACCUGUAUUUCCUGGAUGUUGUACAUCAAGCCAACACUAUUUUUCAUUUAUUCGAUAAGCAUAUAAAUGAUCAUCUCAUGCCUUUAGUAAGCUCUUCUCCAAAACUGACAGAAUGUCUGCAGAAAAAGAAAGAGAUCAUUGAACAAAUGGAAGUGAAGCUGGACACUGGUAUUGACAGGACACUAAAUUGUACAGUCGGACAGAUGAAGCAAAUAUUGGCUGCUGAGCAGAAAAAGACGGAUUUCAAACCAGAGGAUGAAAAUCAUGAUUUAAUUCAAUACACAAGUGCUUGUGCCAAAGUUUGCCUUUACAUUCGUAAGCAAGUGGAAAAGAUCCGUGUUUCAAUGGAUGGAAAGAAUGUGGACACAGUCUUGAUGGAACUUGGGGUGCGUUUUCAUCGCCUCAUAAAUGACCAUCUGCAGCAGUUUUCUUACAGCUUAAUGGGUGGCAUGAUGGCUAUCUGCGAUGUUGCAGAAUAUAGGAAGUGUGCCAAAGACUUUAAGAUUCCUCUUGUGCUGCAGCUUUUUGAUACUCUGCACUCCCUCUGCAACCUUUUGGUGGUGGCCCCAGAAAACUUGAAGCAGGUGUGUUCUGGAGAGCAGCUUGCCAGCCUGGAUAAGAAUAUUCUCCAUUCCUUUGUGCAGCUGAGAGCUGACUACAGGUCAUCCCGCCUUGGCCGACACUUCAACUGAAUGGUUGACUGCUGAGAAGAUGUGUUCAAGCUGAUGCUAAGCCUUAGCUAGAGAAUCACACUGGAUCCACUCCCCGAUACAUGGACGUUUCUUUAUUCCUUUGAGUGCAGUGACUGCCUUUAGUGCAGCCAUGUUUAAUAUGUUGCUCUUCCUGCUUCAAUCCACCUAAGAAAAUGUGUUUCCCAGGAAGAUGCUAGAUGUGUAUUCUCUGUGUUACUGGUAACACAAGGCCACCACUCCAACCUGUAUAUACCUUCAGAAAGAACUGCUGUCACAAUGGGACUUGUCAGAUCAUCUUAUUUUUUAAGAGACAAUAUUCCUUAUUUGAAAAUGGUAAAAGGUUCAGUGAUAAGAAAUAAAAAGUUCAGCUCCU